AUGCAGAUGGCGAUUCCCGAAACCAUGAGCGUCGUCGACAUCACCGAGCCCGGUCCGCCCGAGGCGCUGCAGAUCGGGACCCGGUCGGUACCUGUCCCCGGCGCGGGUGAGGUGCUGAUCCGGGUCGCGGCGGCCGGCGUCAACCGUGCCGACACGAUGCAGCGCAAGGGGAACUACCCGCCGCCCCGGGGCGCGUCGGACAUUCCGGGGCUGGAGGUGUCGGGAACCCUCGCGGCGGUGGGGGAGCGGGUCUCCGGUCUGGCCGUGGGCGACGAGGCGGCGGCGCUGCCGGAGGCGUACGCCACCGUCUGGACCAACGUCAUGGAUCGCGGCCGAUUGCAGGCAGGCGAGUCACUGCUCGUGCACGGUGGAUCGAGCGGCAUCGGCACGGUGGCCAUUCAGCUCGCCAAGCUGUUCGGGGCGCACAUCUUCGCGACCGCCGGGACGCCGGCCAAGUGCGCGGCCUGCGUCGAGCUCGGGGCCGAGCGCGCCAUCGACUACCGCGCGGACGACUUCGUGGCCGUUCUGCACGAGGCGACGGGGGGCCGGGGCGUCGACGUCAUUCUGGACAUGAUCGGCGGCGCCUACCUGCCGCGCAACGUCGCCAGCCUGGCGAUCGAGGGCCGCCUGGUGAUCAUCGCCCUCAUGGAGGGGGCGAAGGCGGAGCUCGACCUCGCCCGGCUGAUGUCGCGCCGACUGACCGUGACCGGGGCGACGCUGCGCGCGCGUUCCAUCGAGCAGAAGGCGGAGAUCAUGCUGGCGCUCCGGGCCCGCGUCUGGCCGCGGUUCGCCUCCAACGAGCUCCGGCCGAUCGUACACGCCACCUACCCGCUGGCCGACGCGGCCGAGGCGCACCGGGUCAUGGAGUCGAGCGUCCACACGGGAAAGCUGCUGCUGAUUCCGUAGGUCCUCGCGGGCUUGGCCGCCGACCGGUCACCCGCCGCCGAAGACGCGGUCGAAGUUGUCGGCGAGGACGGCCUUGCGGCCCUGUGCGUCCAAGCCGAUCUCGUCGAGCGCGGCGCACUGCGCCUCGUGAAUCGGCUGCUGCCAGCCCCGCGGGAAGAAGGACGAGUCCGAUCCGAACAGGAUGCGCUCCGGGCCCAGCACCGCCAGCGCCUGGCGGAACACGUCGGUCAGUGUCAGGCCGGGGGUGUACCUGGUCCAGGCGUUCGAGCUGGAGGUGUCGACGUGGAUGUUCGCAGCGAGGUCGGCCGCCAUCAGCGUCUCGCGGAGGAAGCCCGCCCCGAAGUGCGGGAUGACCACCGGGACGCCAGGGAAAGCGGACGCGACCUGCGCGAGAGCGAGCGGAUCGCCGAGGCGGACGUCGAACCGCGACGGCAGACCGAGCUUGCGGCGGACGCCGACCGACAGCAUCCCGCAGUGGACGAAGACGGCGCAUCCACGGUCCGCCGCCGCACGAAAGACCGCCGUGACGCCGUCGUCGUCGAGGGCGAAGCGGUGCAUCGCCGGGAAGAGGCAGGCGCAGCGGAGGCCGUGCUCGCCGAAUCCCUGCCGGACGCGGGCCUCGGCGCCGGGAGCCGUCGGAUUCACCAUGAACAGGCCGGCGAAGCGGGACGGGUGCCGCGCCACCGCGGCGGCGACGGACGCCUCGUCGCCGGGGACGCUGGCCAUGAUGGCGGCCCGCCCCACGCCGUGACGGUCGAGCUCCGCGAUCCACCGAUCCGCGAGUCGAGCCGGAUCGCCCGGUGGCUCCCAGCCCAGCGCGGACGGUAG